AUGUCUACAGAGGAAAUCGACCCAAAGUUCAUUGACGAGUGUCUAGGGAAUGUCGGUGGUGUGUUUGGCGAAGCCAACACAUUCAAUGUUUGGGUCGAAGCAAACAAAACACCUACGCCCGCUGCAUCGGGCUUUAACAAGAGACUCAUUGUCGUUGGCAAAUACAAAUUGCUCUCACUUAAGAAGGGUGCUUUUGGUAAAUCUAUCGAGUUGGACUUUCAUUUGUAUACGAUAACAGAGUUGAACUAUAUCGAUAAUGAUGAGACCAUCGUCAUCAAGUACCAGGUCGAGGUCAACGAACAGAUGCAACAAAUGGGCAUGAGCAUCAAGGCACCACUCGACAAACUACAACAACUGAUCAGAGCAAUCAGAACCAGCUAUCGACAGAUCACUGUUGGAUUCCCUUCGUCCAACAUGUUCAAGCUCAACUAUCCAGAGGAUAAAUUGUUGCCAUUCGAGGGUCCACUUGUAAUGUCACCAGCUCAUGGAUACAUUGACACAUACAUUGCACACUCAUUCUUUUACAAGACCAACAGUACAUUGGACUAUGUCAGGUACAUCGAGGCGUUGGCACAGAAUGAAUCAGAUGUGUUGGACUUUACUCACUGUCCUGGAAAUGAUCCCACGUCCGAGAUCAGUUUCAACUUGUUCACAGCGAUCACCUCGCUACGACACAACACAUACUUCAAAUCCAUCGAUCUAUCAGGCUUGCCACACGCAAACAUCAUCUCUGCACUUGGAAUGUGUCUAGAGACCAACCAAUCGAUCACCAAGCUCAAUCUUUCGAACCUUAGAAUUGAGCAGUCAUUCCAACCUCUUGCCAAUGGUUUGGCAAAGAAUCCAACCAACAAGGUGCAAAUCAUUGACUUUUCAAAGAACACCAUUACCUAUCCUGUGAUGGCCACUCUUUGUAAUUGUUUCUCCAGUCUCCAACAUGGAUUGGUUAGUCUUGACCUAUCCAAAUGUGAUCUGCAACCAAAGACAAUUCCUAUCCUUUUCGAAUCGUUUGAGAGGAACUUUGGCAGCUCAUUGUCUCUAAAGUACCUCAACCUAUCGCACAACAAGAUGGGUGACAUUGGCUCCCAGAUGAUGGCCAGUUGGAUGUCAAAGAUCAAGGGCUAUCACAACCUACAGUGUUUGGUCUUGAGCAACUGUGCACUUAACUUCACCAUCAUGGGACCACCUUUACGUGUGCUCGAUGUUCCACGAUUGGAUCUCUCUGGCAACCGAAUCGAUAGGACCUCCUCCAAGCUUCUUGGUGACCAGGUGUUUGACUCGGUGGCUGCACUCACCGAUCUGAACAUGAGCGGAUGUUCACUGAAUGCACAGUCGUUGGAGGACAUGUUUGUAGCAUUCAACCGCAACAGGAAAAUCGCCAACUUCUCGAUCAACCUGUCAAAGAAUAAUCUCGGUGCCAACGAGGCUACCAUCCUUGCCAAAUCAAUCAGUGGCUGUCGCUACCUAGAGUCUCUGGACAUCUCCAGCAACAAACUCUCUUGUCGCUCGAUCAUUGAGUUGGUCAAUGCCAUCAAGAACAUUGAUCGAUUCAACCUGCACGAGCUGAACAUUGGCAACAACUACUUUGUCAUUGGACCAGAGGGUGACCAGCUCUGCCAAUUGUUGGCACAGUUUGUCAACAACUUCCCCACGGUCAGGACGCUCAACAUCUGCGGUGGUCGUUAUCCAUUGGGCAAGUCAUUGUUCCAUCUUGUUGACCCCUUGAUCAAUAACAAGUCGUUGCGUGAGAUUGACCUCUCAGAGAAUGGCCUCACCGAUGCCAUGGCACCAAUCAUUGGCGAGUUGCUCAGAAACAACACCACGCUCAACUAUAUGAACCUGGAUAACAACCAAUUCGGACUAUCUGGUUGGACAUCCAUUGCCCAGCCACUGUUGUUUGACAUCAAUCGCACUCUGAACCACAUGGUCUUUGCCAAGACCCUUGCCAAUGCCUACACAUCGACGCUAAUUCAGAACUUUACUCUACAUCAAGCAUUUGGAAACCUGUCACAGAACAAGAGAAACCACCUCAUUCAGCUCUUCUUGAAGAUACAGGACAAACUCGCCGAGAAUCGUUUCGAGGCAUCCCUCGAUGCCAACAGCUAUGUCUCUGAGUAUGCCCAACGUGUUCUCUACUCUGCUCCAGUGUCAAAUGAGGUGAUACCACUGGUCCCAGUGCCAGAGCAUCUCUCAUCACUUCCAUUGCCACCCUCGCCCCUGGCAGCGACCACAUCAAAUGGUGGUGGUGGCAUUGAGAUCAAGUCAUCGACAAUUCCACAGUCGGCAUCCUCACUAGACUUGACUCACAAGCGAACGACAUCCACCGACUCUGCCACUCGUCAUACUCAAUCAGCAGCACCACCAAGAGCAUUGGCAACUCAGAGCUCCGAUUGGCAACCUGACGAGACAAGCGAGUUUGAACAGGGGCUAGAGACCAGUAGCAGCAGCUUUGUUAACUAUGAGAGCAGCGAGAACGAGUCCAGUGGCAACUCUGAACACGAGUUAUCCACUGGUGAGGACCUGAAAAAGAACAAGAAGAAGGCCAGGUCAAACAGCAGUGGCAGCAACAGUAACAGACAUCCAAAGAACAUACAACAUACACCAUCACCUCAGUCAAAUGACGAAUAA